AUGGAAUUCUCCAGGCAAGAAUACUGGAGUGGGUUGCCAUUUUAUAUAGAUAAAUAUAUAUUUGUAAAAACAAAAGGGGUAUUUUGUUUUAUAGUCACCUUUUCAUUUAAAAGUAUAUCAGAACAGCUUUCCAUAUUAAUGCAUACAAGCCCUCAUUACAUUUUUGACGAGCACAACUACCCAUUGAUAUCUAGAUUAUACCUAUAUUUCAUUUUUAUAAAUAAGCCUGUGGUCAAUAAUCUAGCACAUAGAUCUUUCACUACUCCUUUAGUUAUUUCCUUAGAAUAUAUUCCAAGUGGUGAUGCCGAUGAAUUUUGCAGGGACUUGGGAAAACCCCUCAUCUUUAGCCACCUCCCUCUGCCUUCAGUGCUUCGAAAUGACUCCCUCUACAUUUCAGGAGUGGUGCAGAAAUAUCCCUGGUGCUUCUGGGCGUUGCAAGACCCUGUGCUCCAGAGGAAGCCCAGGGGCAGGGAAGGAAAUAGAGGCAGGCAGAAGUGGGCAGCUGACUGGUGUGAGCAUUGCCCCUCCAGCUGCAGUGAGCUGAGAGGCUCUGGAGCAUGGCCUCAGCAGUGUCUGCUGGAGUGCUGCUAG